AUGGAACAGCAAAAGGAAGGCACCGUGCAGGAGGGAAACAGCUCGUCCCUGCCACCGCCUGGCACGGAGCCAUGGCCCACUGCGUCCUUCCCAGGCCUGCCACCUGCUCUCCUGGGCACCCCAAAUCCUGCCCACCUGGGGCUCCCGGAAAACCUGGCCUCAGUCACCGUCCCCAUCCGGCUGGACGCCCUGUCCUCUCUGCUGCACAGUGCGUUGUUGGGGGCUUACGCCCUGCCUGCCUGCCCCUGUGCGCCCCCCUGCCACCCCCCACAGCCCGGGCCUGCUGGCAGCGCACCCCAAGCCCGGGGCAGGUGGGACAGGCAACCAAGGCCUGGCCGGGGUCCCAGGCAGCAGCCCUGGGGCUCCGGGCGGGCUGAGCAGCCAGAGAGAGGACACAGAGGAUACCCUGGGUCUCGCCCCAGGACCCCACCGACGCCAUCACAGACCUCACCCACCCAGGAAGGGAAGAAGGAACCCGGACAGCCGGAAGCAGCCCCAGACACAGCCCCUGUGGAGGAGGACUGGGAGGCUGAGUAUUAG